AUGUUGAAAUUCGGUCAAGAAGGCACACCGAAAAGUAACACGGCCGUGGUAGUCUAUGAUUGGAAAAUCAUCAUAGGCAUAUCGGUUAAUCUUCGUUGCACGACCGGUUCUUAUUUAGGUCCCUAUGUGUCUCCCUUCAUAUUUCGGAAGAUUUGCUUCAGACUCGAUGAUUCGGGGUGGAAUGGCAACGAUGGCGAAUUUCCAGAUCAAAAGCUUAACUUUGUCAGGGAGGGAUACAAAUUUGGUGAUAACAUGUUCCUGGAGUGGAACCACUGGCUCGAAUCUUAUAUCAGAUAUUCAAUUCAGCAACUGACAAAUGUUCACGUAGUAACCUUUUUCUUGCGUAAAUCAGAUAUCAAGGAUUUGCGAGACAACAAGGCUCACAGGGACGGGACAGGGGUUUUGCACAGGAAACCACAGGAUGGCGAUAUUGUUCAUGAAACUGAAAUCUAUGGAAGUUCCGAUAAGGUUGAGGAGGAGGGGGAGGAGGAGGAGGAGGAGCCAGACUUUGAGGGUGUCAGCAAUAUUGAUGAUGAUGCUGCUACAGCCUCAGGCCACUUUGAAAGUUCAGGCGGACAUCUCGAUGAUGAUUUCACGGUUGCAGAUGAUGGUAAUGUUGGAGGCGAUCAAAGUUCGAGCGAGGACAGUGAUAAUGACUCUGAAGAUUCCUUACCUCAUCAUGUUAUGCCGGCUCGUUACUACAGGGGUUUAAAGCUAACAUCGCAACGACUAAAGGUUGAUUGGACAUUUGCAAGGUGGGAGUUGUGGAAGCCUAUAUGGGAAGAAUCUUUCGUUGAAAGGUAUGAGCUUCCAAAUUUUGAUGGCUAA